AGAAGACGAAACACAGCGUUUGCAGCCGUCAUGACACACACUCGACACGGAGUAACACCUGCGCUACAGGUGCUGUGUUGGAGGAGUGUGUGUGUGUUGUACACGCUGUUGGUGUGUGUGCUGCUCCCGGAACUUGCUCACUCAGCAAAACCUCGGUGUGGAGUGGAGCUCAUCGCUGAUCUUCAGUUUGUAUGUGGAGAUCGAGGAUUUUAUAGAGGUCACCCCGGAGCAGUGAGGAGUGCAGGUCCACGGCGCAGAGGUAAAGGAAUCGUGGAGCAGUGCUGUGUGAAAGGAUGCGACCUGCAGCAUCUGGAACAUUACUGCGCCAAACCGAAGCGAGAGCGACGUCACGCGCGACACACACCGCCCACGCCGCACACUGAGGAUCAGUUCUGGCUGAUGUUUCUCAGACGAUACGAGAUGAACCAGUUUGAAAACGAACCGGAGAAAUUCUUGGAAAGGCUCAAAGACCGAACGCUGUACAAGAGGAAGUUCGGAAACGCCUCGCUGCUGCCUGUUAUUAGCGGAAAAAUCCCUCGAUCUCCUCAGCGCUUAAAGCACCGGCGAAAACGGCGUAACUGAAAACAAAUCUUUUUCCGUCACUUUUUCAAAGACCUGACCGAGCAAAUAAACAUCACAGUCACGAUUAGCAUCAAUUAGAAAUAAAUAUUAAUUAAGCUCAUUUAAAUGAGCUCCGUGGAUAUGAAUCGCUACUUAUGUUCAUUUUCCUUGAAUGUGGCCUUUAUUUUAUGUUUAUUCAGCUAACGUGUAGCAUGUAGCACAGAUUUUUUUUCCAAACGAAUGUUAAUAGUCAAUUACGCUAAUGCUAAUUGAUAAAACUCUAUUUGAAAUUUAUAAUUUAGGUUUUUAUUUUGCGUUUUAUGUUUUUCAACUGCACUCAAGAAAUUAAGCGCACAAGCUCGAGCUUUGAAUUUAUUCCCACGUCAUAUUACGUUGAGAUUUUCGUAUCUUAAUCGUUUCCUGACAGUAUCACAGGAUCACGUACAUCAUCAGCUGUAUUGCACUAAUUGCACACGAUCGCUAGCAUCUCAACACAAUUAGCUCUUAUAGCAAAAAAAAAAAAAAACAAGCUAACUAACAUGGUUAGCUAACUAACGAACUAUUGCUAGCUAUGAAUUUACAUGUGUGACAUUAGCUAGCUGAAUGUAAACAUAGCGAUAAAUCUGAGCUCAAUGUGCCUAAAACACCACUUUGUCUUAAAAAUAAAGGCUUGAUCGUUAGAAUAUGUAUAUAUAACCUAGCUAGUGCUGUUUCUUUUCCAUAUAGAUAAAUUUCAACUGUUUAUAUAGCAACAUUCAGUUAAACAGCUAAUGUACAACUUAAAGCUAAUUAAGCUAUUUUACACCACAGCGCUGCUGAAUUCUGCAUUCUGAUUGGUCAGGAGGUGUUGAUUAAUUCUCUAUAACAGCAGCUCUGACAGUAGCGCAGCUGCAAAUCACAGGUUUAUAUCUAUAAUUAAUGCGCUGCUUGUAAUCUGUUAUUGUUUCUAUAGUAACAACUCAUUCACAGGGACGUGUACAGCAGAUUAUCAUAUAAACGGAUUUAAAAAAACUGUUGAUGUGGUGAAGAUGUGUAAGGAGUCUCCAGUUCCAGCGCUUUGUAACAGUCAGAGGUAAAGCUGUAACUUAAAGUUUUCCGACGUCUUCAGGACAGAGGAGUUUACGCUUCUUUGCGGUUUCUCAGUAACAAGCUGCGUUUUUUUUGUCUUAUAAACUAGAGAAUUUAAGAGAGAGAAUAAAGAGAGGCUGGUGAGGGAACGACUGUUUAUAGCUGCUAUAACGUAAGCGAAAUCUUGUUUCGCUGACGGUCCUUCUUUGAACACGAUACAUUCACAGUUAAUGGUAGUGAGAACGCUAUUGCUCAGCAACUGAGAAAAAACUAGAGAUAAGAGAUAUGUUAACGACUGGGACAAACAAUUUAGCUAGCUAGCACCUAGCCGUUAAUUCUAAACAGACCUUGUAAAGACACUGUGACAGUAGAAGCGAUAAACAACUUUAACGAACAUCAACCACUUCAGAGGAAUCGUUGAAUAAUUAUUGCCUCGUAAACACGACAAACACAUGAUGACAGCGCUGAAAUGCAGCAUUAUCGGUACUUAACGUUAUCGCAACAUCUGGACCCGCCCCCUUUUUUCUGGUGCAGGCCCCGCCCACUUUAACAACUCUCACUGUAAAUGAAGUAAUCCUGCUCUGUGGAUUUGUAUCGUUGCUAACAUGAACGCAGGGUGAAACUGUCCAGUGCAUUAUGAAGAAUUUUAUUUUUUAUCAGAAAUUAUUUUAUAACAAACGCCAUAAUUUUUCACUAAUAUGUCAAUUUUUUUAAAAUGAUCAUAUUCAGAAUUUUGUUAGUGUUUGAUAACUGAUGGACAGUUCUUGAAUUCGGACUGUAUUAGUGACUGUUAUUGAGUGACAUGUUUGCACAUUUAUUAUUAUAAAUUAUAAACAUUUUGUAUCUUAUUAUAUAUGAUAAAGUGUUGAAUAUUGAA